GCAAGUCAUCGCAAUUUCGUUCGAAUUUAGAGGUUAUAUAAUAUAUUCUACCUGCAAAAGAAAAAAGAGAAAUGAUUUAAAUUGAUUAUUAAAUUGAUCUCUUAGAUUUUGUUGGCGAAUAAAUUUUUAGUCAUUGCUUGCAUACCUAACGUUGAACAGAAAUGGCUAGGAUUCCUAAACUAAUAGUUUUUGACUUGGAUCACACUUUAUGGCCUUUUAAAAUAGAUGAAUGUGUUUUCCCUUUCCGGAGAAAGAGUGAUGGUAGAGUGGUUGACGGAUCUAACACAAAUGAACUGAAGCUAUUUCCCGAAGUUCUUGAAACCCUUCAAACAUUGAGAGAUGAGAAGCAUUGCUUAGCGGUGGCGUCUAGAAUCAAAGACAUCGCUGGCGCCUACCAAGUGUUGCAUUUCUUACAAAUCUACAAUCUUUUCACGUUUGUGAAAAUUUAUCCUGGUUAUAAGAUUCCUCACUUCCGAAUGUUGCAGAGAAAGUCAGGCAUUGAUUUCGUUGAUAUGCUUUUUUUCGACGAUGACAGACGAAACUUGAGGGAUGUAAAAAGAUUGGGAGUAACGACGUUUCAAGUAAUUGAAGGUAUAAACAAAAAGACUGUAGAGAAUGGAUUCACAGAAUUUGCGAAUAAGUUUUCUUCUACGAGUGAUAACUAAUACCGUACAUGAGAUUUGGGAGACUUGAAUAAUUAGAUUAGUAACCUAGCUAUCAGAACUUGAGAAAUUAAUCUUUAAGUGCAAUUAAUUUUUAGUAAUCGAACCAAAGAGAAAGAACGUUGAUAGUGAAGUCAGUUACAUUCUUCUAUAUUACCGGGUAUUACUUUUUAUAUACACAACUUUCUCAUAAAAUAUAUUUUUACUGAAGUUUUUGUGAGAGAGGGAUAGAAGAAUAACUAACACAGUAUAAACAAUAUCGAAGGGUGAAGAAUUAUACAAAUAAAACCUUAAAUAAAUAAUUACGACAAUCGUUGUUAAGAUAAAAUUAUUUUUUUAUCGAGAGAUGGAGAGUAAGAAAAAUGAAAUAAAAAUCCGAAAAUUGAGAGAAAGUUUAGGAUAUAGGGGAAAGGAAAACGAAAAGAACACCACAAGGUCUUAGAAUUGAGGCUUUGUGAAAAAUAUAGAGUAGAAGAGACAGUCAAAAAUAUCGUAAGGAAUAAAUUAUUACGGCACAAUGAAGAUUAUAAGGAGAAGGAGAGAGACAAGGGAAUUGGAGAAAAAUUGAUAAAUUAUGAAAAUGACAAGCAAAGAGAGGAAGAAAAGAUGAAUAAAAUAAUAAUAUUGUACACGGUUUUUCCACUCAUACUAUAUAACUAUCAAAAACAAAGUGGGAUAAAAUGUUUAAAAUCUAUUCUUAGCGUUACAGUUUAUAUCAUUAUCAAGCUAGUACCGAUUGGCAUCUUGUGAGACUGGACUCCCCAAUUCUACUAUUUUUAUGCGACAGAAGAAAAGUUUCUGAUUAAUUGUCAUUGUUGUUGUUGUGAAGGGUUAUUCUUUAAAAAAAUUUAUUGAGAAAUUUACAAAAAUAAAAAUAUACUCAUUGUACCUCAUGUUCAAAAAUAUAUAUACUUGAAUAAUAAAAUAUCAUAAA